GUGAAAGUUUAACUUUAGUUGAAUUGUAGUUCAAAAAUAUCUGGAUUGUUUCAAGAGUUGCGAGAUUUUAAGUAUAUGUGAUGGAUUCGUGUUUGGUUCAAGACUGUACCUCUCUAACCUGUGGACCGUCACUAUUAGUAUUUACCCAAUUGAUCCAGACAUUUAUAGCACCUCAAUUCAGUUUUAGUAAAAUAGAGGAUUAUCCUCCGGAUCGAACGUCUGAGAUUGUAUCUAAUGUUGAAGAAUCAUUUGAUUUUAUAAUCGUUGGGGGUGGAUCAGCUGGAUCGGUAUUAGCGUCACGAUUAUCUGAACAGCCAAAUUGGAAAGUAUUACUAAUCGAAGCUGGAACAUAUCCUUCAGCAAAGAGUAACGUACCGGCUAGAUUUUUUGAACUAUGGGGAACUGCAGAAGACUAUUUCUAUCCGCAAGAACCACAAGAAAAUUUUUGCUUAGGAAUGGUGAACAAACGUUGUCCAUGGUCGGGAGGAAAAGCAUUGGGUGGAAGUUCUGUGAUCAAUGGUUUGGUAUAUAUUUAUGGAAAUAAAGGCGAUUUUGAUUCUUGGGCUGCAGAAGGGAAUGAAGGCUGGAGCUACGAAGAUGUUCUUCCUUAUUUUAAAAAAUCCAAUAAUUACCCACGAGAAACAAUCGAAAAGUACGGUGACAAGUAUCUAGGAAGUGACGGGCCCUUGAGUGUCCGAUUGUGCAAUGACACAAGUUCGACAUUUCAAGAAAUUGUGACAAAAGCUGCCAUGGAAAUAGGCGUACCGAAAUUAGAUGUUAUUAAUACAGAUCGUUUUAUUGGGUUUGGAAGAGCACAUAUUACUGCAGAAAACGGAUACCGUGUUAAUGCAGCGAAAGCUUAUUUAUCUCCUGUCAGAAGUAGAGAAAAUCUCUAUGUUAUGCCCUCUACGAGAGCUGAUCAAAUUAUGAUUAAUGACAACCGAGCUACGGGAGUACGGGUUACACUAAAAAAUGGUAGAGCUUUAGAAUUAAAAGCUUCAAAAGAAGUUAUUUUAUCUGCUGGAGUCAUGGGAUCUCCGAAGUUGUUAAUGUUAUCCGGAAUCGGGCCUAAGGAAGAUUUAGAAAAAUUUUCGAUUGAAUGUUUGAUUGAUUUACCGGUCGGAAAAUAUCUUAAGGAUCACGUACUUUGGCAUGGUAUUUUUCUGGAAUUUUCAAAACAACCAGACUUGCAUAAACCUUCAGAUCAUAACGAAGGUGCGUUAGCUGGAAUUGGUGGGUUAGACCAUACCGGUUUUAUAAAUGUUAAUGACCCUACUUCAAUUUAUCCGGAUAUCCAAUUUUUAAGUUUUUACAUACCACAAGGUGAUAAAUCUACAAUGGCUCAGAUGUUAGAUACCUUUGGUCUUUCACCAGAAAUGCGUGACAGCAUUGUAAACUCAACAGUUACUAACAAUAAUUUAGUUAUAUCUCCUUUUUUGUUGAAACCAAAAAGUACUGGAGAAAUAAAAUUACGCAGUAAGUCACCCGCUGAUGGAGUUAAAAUUUUUCAAAAUUAUUUAAUCGAUGAACGAGACACUGAAACGUUACUGAAGUCAGUGGAUUUUGUCAAAAGCCUUUUGAAUACUGAAGCUUUUAAGAGUUUUGGAAUGAAAAUACGAAAUAUUACGAUACCCGGAUGCGAUAAUUUUGAAUUUGAUAGUUCUGGGUAUUGGGAAUGCUUUAUCAGACAUACUGGGCAUUCUGGUUAUCACUCAGUUGGGACAGUACGUAUGGGAACCCCCGAAAAUCCCAAGACCGUUGUCGACUUUAAAUUAAAAGUUUUAGGAAUCGAUCAUCUUCGAGUUAUAGAUGCUUCGAUUAUGCCAGACGUCACUAGCGGUAAUACCAAUGCCCCCUCAAUAAUGAUCGGAGAAAAAGGUGCAGAUAUCAUUAAAGAAUAUUGGCUUCACAAAAAUGAGUUGUGAUUCUCCGAAAACUUGUCGGUAAA